AUGGCCCGUGGAGGAGAGCGCAAGCCACUGAUAUCGGAGACCACAAGCAAUGCAGAACUAACUGUCUCGACUGUCUGCGCAUUCAACUCUGACUUUGACUGUCUGAGUGACUCGUGCAGGCGACGCCGUACACUAAGGGGCAAUGAGCAGGAGGACGAUGAAUAUUACAUUUCCAUGGUAGAGCAGGGAACUAGUCUCGUGGCUAUCGAUGAGAAGAACGGAGGACGCAUCGUUGGCAUAGUUUUGGCUGCUGCUCAUGUACCUAGCGAUUUGAAUAGAUAUUCCACAGGUGUUUUGGCACUAACUGACUUUGAACGCAUCGACAUAUUUAUAGCAAAAGUCGAGAACGCAGCCAAUCUCUUCCAGCGUUACGGCGUCUCUAAGAUGCUCUGCUCACACAUCACCAAUUGUGAUGCCACAAUGCGUGGCAAAGGACUGGGCGCACGUCUAACUGUCGCUCUAAUCGAAGUGGCUCGUUCCAAGGGCUGCCCCCUGUUGGUGGCAAACUGCACCAGCUUCUAUUCGGCACGCCAGAAGCAGGCCUUGGGCAUGGAGUGCGUCUACAAAUUAGCCUAUGAGGACUACAAGGAUGAAACCGGUCAAGUUGUAUUCAACCCACCUGAGCCGCAUACACAUAUACGCGUGAUGGCCAUUAAACUAUAA